UGUACUUUCUUAGUGUUGAUGACGAAAAAAGCAACAACAGUGCAGAUAAUAUUGGCACAUCUAGCUAUGUAUUAAAGUCAGGAACCAUGGUCAAAGAGAACUUCUGUGCCAUGCUAUUGCGUUGGCUUAUGUGACCGUUUGCUGCUUCACUUUUCUCCUGUUUGUAAUUAUUAGAUAAGAAAUAGCGGAGCCGGUGAAUAUACUUUGCAAUGGCCGGUUAGCUAAGUUGGCUGAAAUGUCAUUCUCAGUCUUGUUGUAGCUCCAUUUAUAUGAAAGCGCAUUGCAAUCAUGACUCUUCCAGCUCUGCAGAACACCAGUGUGCUCUACCGAAGAAUACUGUCACAGUUCCCUCAAGACAUCAGCCUCGCAUUUGCCUAUGGAUCUGGAGUAUUCAAACAAAAUGGAACUAGCCAAGGUCAAAUGGGGAAAAACAUGCUGGAUUUUGUGUUCGCUGUCGACGAUCCAGUCACCUGGCAUACCAUGAACCUGAUGCAGAACAGGAAACACUAUUCUGCAUUAAAGUUCCUGGGUCCUAGGAAGAUCAGCCGGAUACAGGAAGAACACGGGGCUGGGGUGUACUACAACACCUUAGUACCUGUGGAUGGAAGGAUAAUGAAGUAUGGCGUGAUCAGUACUGACUCUCUGAUUGACGACUUGCUCCACUGGAAGACCUUGUAUAUUGCUGGCAGACUGCACAAACCGGUGAAGAUCCUAGUGCAGGGUGAGAACGGGAAGAUGCGUGCUGCAUUGGUGGGGAACCUGAAGAGCGCUGUGACGGCCUCCUUCCUCAUGCUGCCUGAGAGCUUCUCUGAAGAGGACCUGCUCCUGCAGAUUGCCGGGCUCUCCUACGCCGGGGAUUUCAGGAUGGUGAUUGGAGAAGACCGGUCCAAGGUGGCUAACAUUGUCAAGGAAAACGUCCAACACUUCCGCAUCCUCUACAACAAUAUUCUGCAAGAGUGUCCACAGGUGGUGUACAAGCCACAACAGGGGAAACUGGAGGUGGAUAAGAGUCCAGAGGGUCAGUUUGUCCAGCUGAUGGCCCUCCCCAGGACCCUGCAGCAGAGGAUCACACGACUGGUGGACCCGCCUGGGAAGAACAGGGACGUGGAGGAGAUACUACUACAGGUGGCCCAGGACCCAGACUGCGGUUCUGUGGUGCAGCAAGGGAUAUCGUCAAUAGUGAAGUCGUCAAGCAUAACUCAGACCGCCAAAGGAAUCGCCACGGCUGGGCUGCUGAAGUCUCUGUCCUACAGCACCAAGAAGCUCCAGAAGAUGUGGAAGGGCUGGAGAAUGAAGAAGCCUUGAUCCUCCCAGUUAUAUUUAAGCAAUAAGGCCCGAGGGAGUGUGGUAUAUGGCCAAUAUACCACGGCUAAGGGCUGUUCUUACGUACGUACGAACGACGCAACGCGGAGUGCCUGGACACAGCCCUUAGCCGUGGUAUAUUGGCCAUAUAUCACAACCUCCCCGAGGUGCCUUAUUGCUUAAAUAUAACUGGUUACCAAUGUAAUUAGAGCAGUAAAAAAUACAUGUUUUGUCAUACCCGUGGUAUACGGUCUGAUAUACUACGGCUUUCAGCCAAUCAGCAUUCAGGGCUCGAACCACCCCGUUUUUUUAAAUAAAUGGCUAUAUACUGUACAGUUCCUUUCUGCCUGGAUGAACUGAUAUACCAACCUGUUCCCCUUGGGGGCGUUGUUCAAGAGGAUGCAACACCACAGAACGUUUUAGAUAGAAAUGUGUUGUGCACAACAUGUAUAAGAUACUCUGUCAUGCACAAUAGGGAAUUGUUAUAAUUUUUUACCUGCAGCGUUGUGAAUGUUUCACCUAACUGAAUAUAACCCAGUUACACAAAGAGGUCCUUUUAAAAAAAAAAAUGAAGCCCCGUUUCCCUGUCUUAAUCUACAUGUCUAUAGGGUCUGUUGACCGUUUUAAAUCGGCCAUUACCUGGGGUGUAUUCAUUCUGCCAAACAAAACUGUUUUUUUUUUAGUUGCAGACGUUUCGUCAAACGGAACGAAACCGGGAGUGCUGAUCGAUUUAACUGACAUUUUGGUUGGAGGCGGCUUAUGGUGAGACACAUGAACAUUCAAUUCUAUGACAACAGCUCCGGUGAACAUUCUUGCAAUCAGCACAUUCCCACAACUUGACAUCUGUGGCAUUGUGUUGUGACUAAACUGCAUAUUUUUAAAGUGGCCUUUUUUUGUUGUCUCCCAGCAAAAGGUGCACCUGUGUAAUGAUCAUGCUGUUUAAUCAGUUUCUUGAUAUGCCACAUCUGUCAGGUGGAUGCAUUAUCUUGCUCACGAACAAAUUUGUGCACAAAAUUUGAAAGAAAUAGGCUUUUGUGCAUCUCAGGGAUAUUUUACUUUCAGCUCAAGAAACAUGGGACCAACAUCUUAUAUGUUGCGUUGUAUAUUUUUCUUCAGUGUACCAGAAUGCAUUGCACGCCUACUUGUCUGGUCUGUGUGGUGCAGACAUGGAGAGACAGACGAACACGUGAUAGUUGCUUUGCCAGGUAUCUCUACCUGAAAAUACAUGACCCAAGUGAUUGGUCUUUGGUAUUCAGCAGUCAUAAAAGUAUGAACUACUAAAAUAGUGAUUUUUUGUUGUUGUCAGACAGCAGCUCUAUUUACAUUUACAUUUAAGUCAUUUAGCAGACGCCCUUAUCCAGAGCGACUUACAAAUACAUUUUUUUUGUUAGGACAAAUCAAUUCUGACAUUUCAAAGUGGAAAUGACAAGGUUUAGAAGCCUUUGUAAAGAUGAGAUUACUUGGAAUUCAAAUAUUAAAGUUAUCAUAUAGACCUAAAACAGCAGAAAAACCUUAGCCAUAAUUUAUUCACAUUACUUUAAUAAGUGAUGAGCAGUAAUGGACAGUCAAUACCAUCAUGAAACUUAUUUUAUUCUGUGUCAACCCACAAUGCAUUUCAUGUCAAAACAAAAUAAUUGAAACCAAAAUGGAAAAUCCGGCACCAGGAAGCACCUAUCUGAAUUUGACUAAUAGAAACUCUCACCAAACUAAAAUGUUUUGUUUGGCAGACUGAAUAGUCCUCUUGGAUAACAUCUCGGCACAUUGUGUGUCACCCACAAUGAAGUAGGGUGUAAGGUUACUUUUUAGUGCACUUAAAAAGAGAAUGAAAGAAACUGUCACUCAUAUCUUUGUAAAAUGGCAGUUAUUAUGAGAAUGGAAUAAAGCGUCAUCACCUUG